GAGGAAAACCCUCUCUUUCACCGCGCCACUUCUUCUUUUUCGUCGCGCCGUCGCUUCUUCCGCGCCACUUCUUCUUUCUUCCGCUCGUGCCAUCGCAGCCCCCUUCAUUGGAGUUCAGCACUGAGUUUCUACUCCCUUGUUCUGACUGAUGUCAGGAAAAAAGCCUGUCAUUAGCCUUUCUUGGGAGCCAAAGCUGCCCACUUCGUCGUCAGGGAUCAAAACCAAGGCUUGUGACAAAUCUCACAGUCAAGCGGGAAAUGGUCUUGUUUGGAAAAACAAUUCAGAGCUUGUGGAUGGACUGUUUGUUCCCCCAAACAACCCAAAAAAGUUGAAUAAGUUAUUGAGAAAGCAAGUCAGUGACACGGCUGGGAGGAAUUGGUUUGACAUGCCAGCACAAACCAUGACCCCUGAAAUGGAAAAAGAUUUGCGCUUGUUGAAGCUGAGGAGCGUCAUUGAUCCCAAGAGACACUACAAGAAGGGUGAUUCGAAAUCAAAAACACUUCCCAAAUAUUUCCAGGUAGGAACCGUGGUCGAGUCUUCUUUGGACUUCUUCUCAGGUAGAUUAACAAAGAAGGAGAGGAAAGCAACGCUUGCCGACGAACUGCUUUCCGACCAGGCCCUCACUCAGUACAGAAAACGCAAAGUUCAAGAAAUCGAAGAGCAGAAUCGACCAGGUGGAAACGACAAGUGGAAAAUAAGGGGUCGUCAAUCACGAAAACGUGCCAAGGAAAGGAGGAAUUAGGUAAGUUGCCUCAAAUUUUUCACUAGUAAACCAGAUGAGCACCACUAGAUCAGAUCAAGUUAAGUGAUGGGGAUUGAUCAUUGGCUUAUUAGGUGAAAUCCAGCAAAUAUUUUAUGUAUACUCUGUAGACCGAGCUGACUAAGAACUCAAGUUUAAACUAUUUUUGGCUAUUGAAUUGAUGAUGUGUAUUAGGAGUAGAAGUGUUCUUGAGGCUAAGUUAUGAAACCUGUAACUGAUGAAAUGGUGUUUAUUUAUCACCGAGGAAAACAACGUAUUCUUGUUCCA